CUGUCACUAGUGUCAUAUAUGUCACCGUUUGUUUGUCAAAUAUUUUGGCGUAAAAUAAAAAUGAUACGAUAAAUCCGUAAAUAUUACACCAAUAUUAAAAUGUUUGUUAAAAUAAAUAACAGUAUCUGAAUUUAGUGAUUUAAAAGAAUUUGAAUUUAAUUAUAUUUUAAUAAAAUAAUUAGGUCAGUUGUAAGUUUUGCCAAUUUGGUUACCGGUACGUCAGAAGGCUUUCUCUUGGCAAAAGAAACUGCAAACGGCAAAACAAACGGUUUUAGUAAAGUUAAACUUGGAGAUUAUUUUCAGGUUAAUUGCUUAUAGUGUGAAGUGAUAAUUUCAACUGUGUUUUUAAGUUAAUGACAAGUACUUUAAAGUGAUAUAAUGGCAGAAAACGAUUAUUUGGAUUCCUUGGAGAACAAUCAUUUAGACGGAGCUAACGGUUCCUUAAACAUGACCGAUAAUAGCAUGGGUGGAGGUGAUGAGGCAUCUGGCACUGAGGUACCAGACCUUGCUGCCAUUAAAGCCAGAGUCCAGGAAAUGGAAGAAGAGGCAGAGAAAUUAAAACAAAUGCAGACUGAAGUUGACAAACAAAUGAGCAUGGGCAGCCCACCGGGACUCACGAGUCCACUAAAUAUGUCCUUGGAGGAGAAGAUAGAAGCUGACAAUAGGUCAGUGUAUGUUGGUAAUGUGGACUAUGGUGCCACUGCUGAGGAGUUGGAGCAACACUUUCAUGGCUGUGGAUCUAUUAAUAGGGUUACAAUAUUAUGUAAUAAGUUUGAUGGUCAUCCCAAAGGUUUUGCAUACAUUGAAUUUGGAGAUAAGGACAGUGUACAGACAGCAAUGGCGAUGGACGAAUCAUUAUUUAGGGGGCGUCAGAUAAAGGUGAUGCCGAAGCGCACGAACAAGCCGGGGCUCUCGUCGACGAACCGGCCGCCGCGCGGGGCGCGCGGCCGCGGCCGCUCCUACCGCGGCUACUCGCCGUACUUCGGCGGCGGUCGGGCCGCGAUGCGCCGCGGCAGAGGGAUGAGGCGCGGCUCGUACUACUCUCCCUACUGAGUGUGGUAGAGGGGCAAACGGCCCCCCUACAGGAAGUGUAGAAUAAGUUUAAAUGGACUACGUCCACUUUAAGGUUCAUUGGUGAUUUUUUACAAGUGACGCAGUGACGCUAAACAAUUAAAAUCUAAGAUACAGUUUUGAAAUUACACAAACCGUUUUACAGUGUUAUGUAGUAAGUAUAUUAUAAUUGUAAAGUCAAUAAUUAUACAUUUUAAUUGGUUAUUACAAGUGUCUAUGUACUACUUGUUUCUUUAAGCAAAGACAACGCUGAUUAUAUCAAUUAGUGUUAUCCAAUUGAAUGCCUUUGCUAUUUUUAAAAGCUACUUUCAUAAUGUUUAUUUAUAAUUUUAUUUAACACUAACGUGUACGUUUUGCUUUAUGAUAGGAUAAAAAAACGAGUUUUAAGGACACAACCCUAUGGGUAGUUCAUGAAUUAGCGUCCUUUUUGUAAAAAUGCAGCGGAUGCAAUAAUAGUGAAAUAAGUGUGUUUAACGUAUUUGACAUUGUAAAUGAACUAAUUGUUAGUAGGUUAAAGAUACUUUUUAAUUAUGUUUGUAUUUGAUUUUAAUGAUUGAAUGGGAAAUUAGGAUACAUGUCCUUGAAGUUAAAUAAAGCAUGGAAAUUGUAAUGCACUAUUUUUCCUAUCUCUAUAUUGAAGUUGUGACAUCUUUCAUAUUUCCAUACAAUACACUUGUACAUUAGAAUUAUUUUUUAACAUAAGAAUAAGAAUUGUUUCGCAAUCGUCGAGUAAUAAAAUGAAAGCUCAUAUUUUUAUUCUGAAUAUCGUGAUUAAAGUCGCUCCAAAUUUUACUUAGACUUUGCGAAACAGUAAAUAAGAAUCAGAUCCCCCACCUAAGUAAGUAUAAGCUGCACAGUAUUCUAAACGUAUUAAGCAAAAAUACACUUGAGGGAGCGGUCAAAAUGUCCCUAAAAUUUGUUAAUUGAACAAUAGUUUUUUAACAAAUUCUUUGUAGACAUGGCAUUGUUGUUCAUGUUACCAUGUAGGAAAAUGUUUGGUUCAAUUUUGUACCCUCCUACCUAAUUAUGGAGGAUAGAGGUAAGGAGGAUCAUCUCAGUGUAUAAAUAGUGUCCGUUGAAAGUGAGCAAAUUAAGCAAGCAAGUGGAAGAAUAUUUAUUUUAAUUUUUCGGAAGCACCACAACAAAAACCUGCGCUUUAUUACAGUGUUUUUUUUAAUAAUUAUUAUAAUAUAUAGACAAAUGAAUAUGGACUACAAUUAUACAGUAUUUAUGUACCCCAAUUAUCUGUUAAUAGUAAAUAGGAAAUAGUAUUAAGUCAACCCUAAAUUAAAAAAAAAGAUGUUAAAGCACAUUCUCAAUCAUUUAGGCAAUCACGUGCUGAAAAAAAAUUAAAAGAAGCAUACUUCACUACUCUGUUUAUAACUGAUAAAUUCGUAUCACUUCCAAACAAUAGUUUGUUAUUUACAAGUGGACACUUUCAACUAAACUCCCAUACAAGAUAGCUCUCCUUACUUCUACGCCCCAUAUACUUACCUAAUAUAAUGAUGUAUUACUUGAAUUGAAAAUAUAUUUCUAUAGCCUUAUACGACAUGAAUCAUUAAAAGCUAUAAGUAUGUAUUUUAUCAAAUUGAUUAGAGCUGAACAGAGAAUUUUGAGUGAGAUAGUUUUUAAUGAUCCAUGUCAUAUUUUAAUACACUAUAAUUAAAUAAAUAUGAAAUCUUCAGUAUUGUUCAGAAGGCGGAUUACCAUCAAAACACGAAAUUAUUUAAAAACCUAAAAAUCUUUUUUUGUGACUGUUCUUGUUGGUCAAUUUAUAAAAAAAAAGCUUGUCAUAUGCAAAUCCGCCAUUGAAAAUAUGAAUUAAUUGUUAUCAUCGUGGUAAAUAUUAUUUUAUAUAUAUUCAAUUCUACUAACCUCCAUACAAAAUCCAAAAAUUGCCGUGUAAUUAAAUAGUAAGAAAGUGACAGUAAUGUACACUUAAUUUCCUGUUUGAUUAAAAAAAGAAUAUUAAAAUGCCUAUACAAAAAAAAAUCUUAUGGGAUAAAUGGGAGAAAAGUGUUGAAUAAGAAUAAUUUUAAGAACAAA